GUUGCCAAGAAUUUAAAGGGCGGCAUCUGACAUCGUACGUCACUACAUGCUACCACGGCACUGCUGAGAAUCAAGUCGCGUAUCCUGUGCAGCCAUUCUAUAGGAAAGGAUGUCUACCGUGAACGAGAACUCCUGUCGUCUGAACAAAUUUAAAAAUAAAGGCAAGGAUGCCAAUGAACUCAGGCGCAGGAGGAUUGAAGUCAACGUCGAACUUCGAAAGGCGAAGAAGGAUGAUCAGAUUCUCAAAAGGAGAAAUGUCAGCAGUCUACCCGAUGAGAUGACCUCUCCGCUCCAAGAGAAGAACCAGAACGCUCAGGCUGCUCAGCACUGGAGCGUUGAAGAAAUUGUCAAUGGUGUUAAUGCCAGCAACCUCGAUUUGCAGCUUCAGGCCACACAGGCUGCCAGGAAGCUGCUUUCAAGAGAGAGACACCCUCCUAUUGACCGCAUCAUUGCUGCUGGUCUGAUCCCAAAGUUUGUGAGCUUUUUGGGGAUGGUGGAGUGUCCGCCCAUCCAGUUUGAGGCAGCCUGGGCCCUGACUAAUAUUGCAUCUGGAACUUCAGAUCAGACCAGGGCUGUGGUAGAGGGUGGUGCCAUCCCUGCAUUUAUCAGCCUGGUCACAUCCCCACACCCCCAUAUUAGUGAGCAGGCUGUCUGGGCUUUGGGAAAUAUUGCUGGUGAUGGAUCUGCCUACAGAGACAAGGUUAUCAAACAUGGAGCCAUUGAUCCUCUCCUUACCUUGCUUGCUGUCCCGGAGCUUUCAGUUUUUUCUUCUGGUUACCUUAGAAACAUCACCUGGACCCUGUCGAACCUCUGCCGCAACAAAAACCCAGCACCUCCUAUGGCAGCUGUGCAACAAAUCCUGCCCGCACUAGUACGCUUGCUGCACCAUGAUGACAAGGAGGUGCUAGCAGACACCUGCUGGGCAGUGUCCUACCUGACUGAUGGCCCCAAUGAGCGCAUCGAGGUGGUGGUGCAGGCGGGCCUGGUUCCCCGACUGGUGCAGCUGCUGGGUUCUGGGGAACUCUCCAUUGUGACUCCAUCUCUGCGGUCAAUUGGCAAUAUUGUCACUGGCACAGAUGAGCAGACUCAGAGGGUUCUGGAUGCUGGAGCCUUGGCCAUGUUCCCUGCCCUGCUUCGUCACCACAAGAACAAUAUCCAGAAAGAGGCUGCCUGGACCUUGUCCAAUAUCACUGCCGGAAAGGAUACACAGAUCCAAGAGGUCAUCAAUGCUGGGCUAGUACCAGUUUUGGUGGAGGUACUCCGACAGGGUGACUACAAGACUCAGAAGGAGGCGGUAUGGGCAAUAACAAACUACACCAGCGGGGGAAGCGUUCACCAAGUGGUGUACCUUGUUCAAUCGAAUGUGCUGGAGCCCCUGCUAGGCCUGCUGUCCACCAAGGACAGCAAGACCAUCCUGGUCAUCCUUGAUGCCAUCUCCAACAUCUUCCUGGCAGGGGAAAGGAUUGGAGAGGUGGAAAAGCUGUGUGUAAUGAUCGAGGAGUGUGGCGGACUGGACAGGAUAGAAGCACUACAGUCUCAUGAGAAUGAGAUGGUCUACAAGGCAUCCCUCAACCUGAUUGAGAAAUACUUCUCUGGCGAGGAAGAGGAAGAUGCAUGCGUGGCCCCAGACGCUACCACUGAUGGCUAUGCCUUUCAGAUCUCUGAUGAGCAAAGCACUUUCAACUUUUAAAUGUCCUUCUUACUUUACACUUUCCUUAUUUUUGUAGUAUGUGCUGCCAUUUCUGUGUACAUAAUUACAUGGACUGAUGUCUUUUUUACUGUAACAUCUGUAAAUAAACUUUAAUACU